AACCUUGAAUCUUCCCAUAAGUCCCCUAACUCAUGGCCAAAAUUUGGCGGCACAGAAAUCACUACUCCUCACCAGCUCCCCCCAUUUCGCGCCUUUUCUCCCUCUAGAUUUCAUCAAUCCAACAAUAUUAUCAACAAAUCCUCCACUGAUUCUGCCUCUGCUUCACAUCAAUGGAUCCCGACACUACAUUUUCUCUACCAAAUCUUAUGUGUGAAGAAGACGAUUCAUCGUCAACCCAAGUCAAAAUCAAGAUUUCGCAACCCAGAUCGGACGAUGAUCGCUACAUACGAUUGUUAAUCGAUAAAGAAACUAAAUCCAACGAUUAUGGGUGUGUUUGCGUUGAUGAGAUUAGUAGAAAUUCGCUCAAAUGUGCUCGAUUAGAUACCGUUAAUUGGAUUUUCAGUAUUAGGGAAAUUUUGGGGUUUAAUUUUCGUACAGUUUAUCUCUCGUUGACUUACUUUGACCGAUUUAAUUCGAAGCGACUUAUCGAUAGUGGGAAAGAAUGGGCUAUACAAUUGUUGGGCAUUGCAUGUUUAUCAUUGGCUGCAAAAAUGGAGGAACAAACUAUACCAACAUUGCCUCACUACAAAGCACAAGGGUACAAUUUUGAAAAUAGUGUGAUACAAAGAAUGGAGUUGCUGGUUUUGACAACAUUGGAAUGGAAAAUGUGUGGCAUUACUCCCUUUGCUUAUCUUCAUUACUUUGUAUCCAAGAUUUGCGAUGAAUGUGACCGUAAUGAGUUACUCGUGUCCAAAGCUAUUGGAUUUGUUCUUGAUUUCUCCAAAGAGGUUAAUUCGAUGGAUCAUAGGCCGUCUGUUGUUGCAAUAGCAGCAGUCUUGUUAGCUUGUGAUGAUCAAUUAACAAGAAGCACAUUGGAGUGCAAGAUUGGUGUUGUGUCCUCACUUCACUCUCUUGAUAAAGAGUGUAUAUAUCGUUGCUACAAUCUUUUGAAGGAGCUUGUGAUUAAAAAGAAUCACACCCCUGAUUCGAAUUCUUACGAUUUAUUGAGAAAUUAUCGUAAGACUUCUUCUAGCAUUGGCAUCAAGAGGAAGCUUACGUACAACGGUAUUGAACAAAAAUGCCCAUUGCAGAAGACUAGUAGGCGAUUGUAGCAACGUCUUGUUUAGAUAAUACAUGAAUUCGUUGAUUGGAUUUGAUCGCGCGAUCUUGACCGAAUAAUAUUUUGAGUUUUGGGAAUAUUAAUCUACCAACAUAUGGUAUGAUUUAAAGGGUACCAUAAGUGAGUUGUUCAAUAUUGAAUGACAAUGAAAAAGUUUUGCAGCUAGUGAAGAGGGGUGUGGGGUACAUUACUACUGGAGUCUAGAGGAAGGUGGAUGGUGGAGUUUAACAUACAGUGAAAUGUCUGAAUUAAAGAGUGUUAAAAUGUGGAGUUUUUUUUUACUUUUCAUGAAUUUAAUUGUCUUUUUCAAUACCCUUUUAAGCUUUAGCUCAAAAAAAAGAUUGUACUAUGUUAUGGACUUAUGGGUAUGUCAUUGAGAAGAAAGCCUUGAAGUUGCUUUG